CUGUAUCGUCCGCGAGAGACUUCGAAAUGGCCACGAAGAAGUCGACCUCAGAGAAAAAGUCGCGUCCUUCUGUCCGCGCAGAGGAGCCUCUCAAGGACCAUGAGGAAGGUCUGACUCGAGAAGAAUUAAUUGGGCGCAUUCGAAAGGCCCGCGCCGCGAAGGCUGGAAUGGACUAUCAACUAUCGCGCCCCCAGCCCAGAAAGAAGGGUCCUCCGAAGCCGUCCAUCCCGUCAUUCGAUCCUAGCCUUCCUCCUGCCACUUUCCCAAGCCUUUCAACCAUUGGCCAGCCGAUACCUACCGGAACCAGAGAAGGACACUUACGUCGUGUCAAGGAAGACCGUGAGAGAUGCCUUCAAGGUCUUGAGCCUCUUCCUCGUGAAUCAUAUCACCCAAAACCAAUCAUCAGAAUCGGUGGUCAGAAUGAUGCAUUCAAAGCCAACGAGGCAGCAUUCCAGCAGUCUGCGAGUCAGAAGCCUCUGGAUGCCAGUACAUUCGAUGCCGAGUAUGAAGCACCCGAAGGAGUUCGUGUGGAUUGGAAAGCCAGAAACCUUGAGCUAGGCCAGAUCAUUAUGAGAAAUUUAGAAACCGUGGCCAGUGCAGGACCGAAAGAGUCAGCUGAUGCUAAUACUCGGAACCUUGCAAAUAGAUCGGAUAUGGACUUUUCGGACAGUACCGUUGAAACUCAGCCAAACCCUCCUGUUCCUACAUGGGAUGAUCUACACGAAUCACUCAGAGUGGAGAUCACGGACAACCUGCUGGAGCAAGGUAACUGGGAUUAUGCCAUGCAGAAGCUUGGCCUCACUCGAAAGCAACAGAAAAAGGCCGAAGAGUCCGCGAAGAGACGCCACAAAACGAUCGUUCGAGAGGACAAAGAACUGGGAAUCAUGAGAGAAAAGCAGCUCAGAUAUCUGCUGAGCGUGGAUCUCAGCCGGCGCAAACGUGGGCAGGACGAGCUCGUUCUAGGCAACAUUGCUGCCAGAUCUCAUCAGCAAAUCCUUGACGACCCAGAGCGACGCUUCAACUCGUGCAAAACUGGAGAUCUUCGCAAGGCUUGGCACUUUCUUCAGCAGCAUGGGCUACCACGGGGACUGGCUGGGAACUGGGGCAAUGGAGACAAAAGUAUGCAACCCAAAGAAAACAAUGAGCCUAUUGCCAAGCGAGUCAAGUGGAGCCAUCCUCUUGCGACUACCGAGGGGCGUUCAGUCAUGGCCAUGUAUGCCGGUUCUACAAAGCAGCGGUCUCUGGCUGAGAAGACAGCCGUUAUCAAUCAUGUCUGCCGAGGUAGCUCAAUCGCCGGGGCUGCUGAUACCGUGCACCCAAUGGAGACUUUGCAGCAACAUUGGCAAGACUGGGAGCAGCUCUUCACUGAGUCGGAUGAGAACCAAGCCCACCUUACUCAGGAGAGAAGAUUGCAGUUGGCCUUGGGCAAAGAUGGUGCGGCUGCUAUCACCGCUAAUCAGGAUGGGCCCGCGCUACCAGAGCCUGCCGUCACCCAAUACCGGUUUAAUCAGCGGAUCGAGCGAGCCAAGCUUGACGUUGAGGCCGAGAAGCGGGCUGCAGAGGCAAACCCUCUUCCUUUCACGGCCCGCGACAUCACGGAGAGAACCUGGGAGCAGAAGCUGGAGGCCCGGUACGAGAAGCUGGCCAACGAUUGUCAGAAGCUCUUCCUCAGCUAUGAAUCCCGCCCCGACAUCGAGUAUGAGGAGAACUCAGAACUCGACGAGAAGAGUUUGGAGGAGGUGCUGGUAGAGGCCAGCGAAUUUGAUGAGAACCUCCGGGCUCUCUUAGAGGAUGGGUCCAAUUCGCAGUCCCAGGACUCUCCUGUGAACAUGGAGUUUUCGUCUGCUUGCCAAAAUUGAACGGCAAAGGAAGCAGAAGUGAACGGCCAUGAGAGUAUCUGUUGAUUCGAAUCGUGUGCAAUUUUGCAGAUAACAUGGGUGACGAUAUGACUUCUGUCCAUCUACUUGUUACUGAUUUACAUGCGUUGAAUGUCCGGGAUCUAUCGGCUUUCCAUCCGAGGACAUGGUGGGCUCAUCACUCUGAAGGCUUGUUCAUCAAGG